GCAACUGGGGGGUGGGUUAGUGACAGUAAGGCCAGCCAGCCCGCAGUGGAGACAGUCAAGCGAGGACCACGGUGUCUAGUGGUUUGCAGGCAGCAUGAGAGACGGAGCCAGCGAGGACGAAGGAGGUUGCGUCGUGACAGAAGCCUUGUGGGGCCCUGGGAAACCGGAACUGAAAGGCGUCAAGAUGGCGCUGUUAGGAGGCGAUCUGUGGCGCAGAUUUCACGAUGUUCAUACAGAGAUGAUCAUUACGAAGCUGGGAAGGAACAUGUUCCCGGUGAUCACACUGGAAGUGAGCGGUCUGGAGCCCGAGGCCCGCUACUUUAUCGUUAUGGAAAUUUGCCUGUCAUCAGACCGGCGCUACAAAUUUGUGGGCGCGGAGUGGAAGCCGACGGGGAAGGCGGAGCCGCAACUUGCGCCCAGCUCGCGCAUCUUCAUCCACCAGGAUUCUCCGGCGACCGGCACCCACUGGAUGCGAGAACCCGUCAAGAUGAAAUCAGCGAAAUUGACCAAUAACCCGCUAAACCGUAGCGGACAUGUGGUUCUGACAUCAAUGCACAAAUAUGUGCCCCGUAUCCAUGUGAUCAAGACAUCGGAUAUUAUGGCCCUGUCAUGGAGUCCUACAGCCACAUUCACGUUUCCAGAGACUGAGUUUAUUGCGGUUACAGCAUAUCAGAAUGAACAAGUUACUGCAUUGAAGAUUGACAACAACCCAUUUGCAAAGGGAUUCAGAGAAAAUGGCCUUUCCUUUGUCAAGCGGAAACAGAAUGAAACAGUUUCAGCUUCACACAGAAAGCGACCCUGCCCUGAGCGCAGUGCCUCACCCUCCGUGGACUGUGUCCAGACAGCUUCCCUACCAGCUGCAGAGGACUGGAACAACAAUGGUCACAGCACAGAACAUGUUCUUCCGGUUAUACAAGAUCAGAAUGAAAGCAACUCUGUACUUUCUAUUAAUUGUCUCAAUGAAGAAAUUUCAACAGCUGUUACCAACAUAAAUUUAAAUUCCAAUAGUUUGAAUUACCCAUGCCAAGGGUUAUACCAACCAUACUACCAGCAGCACAAUCAGCCAGUAUGGAAGUGCCCUUACCUGCCUCCACAAACCCCACUACCACCACAACCCUCAUUAUUUCCUCCUUUUCUCCUACCCUGUCCAUGCUACAUACUUCCAUACAUUCAGCAUUAUAUGGAAUACCCAGCUCAGUCCUACCUCUCACAUUUGAAUUCUCAGCCAUAUGACUACUCAGUCCGAGAAAAAUCUAGCUAAACAAUGCAUCUGGUAGAUUGCAAUAGUGGAUGCUUUUCUGGAGGUUUGUAAUAAUGGUUGAAUGUUGUGCUGCACAUCAUCCUUUGUUUAGGAAAUAUUGAAUAUAAUGACAUUUUGUGUAAGAGCGUUAUGCCUGGUAACAGAAACGGAUCCUGUUUCCACAACAUGUUACGCAUAUCCUGAGCAAUGGUCAGUGUCAAGCAAAAUAUUCCUGUAAGGCCAUUAUGGAUUUAUAAAGUAGUGUACAUACUAUGUGAAGUGAUUCAUACUGGUAUAUAGUAAAUGUAAGAAAGUUAGUGUUUAAUUUAAGUUUUGUGAUCCAUUUUCAACCUUGUUUUAUGAUGAGGAAACAUCAUUGUUAAAGGAGACAUGAUUCUGUUAUUUAGAUGGUACAAGUUAUAUCUGCCGUCAGCUGAUGGAGAUGCAGCAGGAGAAUUAGCUGGUACAAAUGCAACAAAAAAGUGGGGUACUUUUGAUCUCAUAUUACUGCUAAGAGUAGUAGUUAAUUAAUAUCAAUCAGUAAAUUUAAUCAGAAAAUGUAUGUUUAUUUUGUCAUACUGUUACAUUCAUAUGUAAAUCAUACACGAUAUUUUAUUGUGUGUCUUACAAGUAUGUCCAGUCUUACUGAUACAAAAGUGAACAAAUUAUGUCUGUUAAAAUUGUUUUGGCUAAUCCAGAAGUUGGAAGGCACUCCCUCAUUUUGUUUUCAUCUCAUUGCUUGUCUGACAUGAGAGCGCAAAAGGAUGUAGAAAACUCCUGAACUUCUUAAGGCAUUUACUAUUAUUUAAAGGAGUUUCUGUAUUCCAAAAUAUUUGCAAAGAGCAAUUGAAAUUGAAGCUGUAAGUUUAAAAUUGUAGAUCUGCAGUUAAACAUUAUUUGAAGGAAAUGUCAUUAAAUGUAUAUGUUAUCAAAUAUGAAUAGAAAUUUUAGUUUCUCAAGCUAGAAGUUAGCUAAUAUGAAGUCAUGCUUUCCUUUCUUUAACAAAUUAACUGACAGAAAGAGAUAGGGUGGAAACAUUUUAUUUCAGGUCAAGCCAAGACAGAGACCAUGUUUCUGUAGUGUUCUUUAUUUUAAAGCAUAAAAUUAUAUGAAAGUAAUAACCAGAGACAUGUAAUGUUCUGAUCGCUAAAUCAGGUAAUUGUUUGAAGCCAGCAAUGACAAUUUUUUUUGUUUAAGCAAGGUGAGUUCAUUGAAGCAGUGAGAGAUAAACUCACGAAACCAUAACUGAGCAAUUGGUGGACACACACAUGCAUAUAUACACACAGACACACAUUUAAGUUUUCUAUGACAAUCUAGUGGAUUUAUAAAACUAAGCUGAGGAAAAUCUUCAGUGGGGAAAAUUAGCAUUUGAGACCAUUGAAAUUGAACCUUGCAUGUGGGAAAACAUUAAAUCAGGGAUAAAUAAGUUGGAGUUCCACCAGCAUUUAAUGGUUUAAUUUUGUGAAUCAUAAAUGUAUUUCAAACAUGCAAGUUUUUUAUUUAGAACUAUCUCUUUUAAAGUUCUGUUUUCUAUUGUUUAGAAAAUUAAACAUUGAAAUGCAAUCAAAGUGCAACUGCUUACGUUUUCAUUCCCACUCCAAUCUUCAUUAUAAUUAACCUUUCCCCUUGUUUUUGCCUUCAUUUUCCUUACGUAAUGCUUUUACAACCUAACUACGUAGGAACUGGGAUAGUUCAGUCAGCACAGUGACAGGUUGCAGUCUGGAUGGCUGGUUUUCUUUUCAUGGUAAAGGAUAGGAAUUUUUCUCUGCUCCACAGUGUCUAGAAUGGCUAUGGGGCCCACUUGGCCUCCUAUCCAAUUGGCACUGGGGGCUCUGUCCCCCCAGAUAAAGUACUAAGAAUGCAUUCACCUUAAUUGCCAUCCCCUCCACUGGUCCAUAUGACUUCAUGGUGUCGUAUUUAAUUAAUAAAGCACAAUGACAAAGAUACCAUUUACUCAAUAAUGAAUUCAACAUUCUGCUUUAAAAGACUUAUUCUAACUUUUCUAGCAUUAUACCUAAGAAGAUAGACUUAUUUCUAAUCACCACUGUAAGAACUUCAAACUCUUCAUUAGAAGAGAGGCAGAAGAGCUGAGUCUCUCUCUCCAUAUUCUGUCAGACCAGGCCAGAUGUCUAGUUAUGCAAUAAAAUUGAAACUUUUAUUUGUCAGUAACUGGCUUACUUGACUGUCCAUUCCGAUGCCGUGAUGAUACUCUAAAAUAAGCAACGACUCCUUUAUGCAAAGGUCUCAUUCUUAUCCGAAAAUUUCAGCACAUGAUGGACAAACCAGAAGUGAAAAACUGGUAGUUUAACUUAAUUUCAUUUUAUUUUCCAUAUAUAUCCAUACAGGUUAUCAAACCAGGAUGUGGAAAUGGUCCUUUUGAAUACAGAUACAUCAACAUGCAUAUACAAAAUUGCACAAGUCAAUCGAACAGAGUCACUUACAUCAAUCUAUAA